CACAUAAACACUGAGGAGUUGGUUCAGGGACUACGUCUGCAGUGGGCCAAGAACAAGAAACAUGUCAACAAUGGCUAUCGCCUGGAGAAACAAAUGCGCUACAGUCGUACCAAGAAAAUGCCUUUGGAAUUCACCGCUGCAGAUCGUAUCUACUUCGAUGAGUCCAUCAAUUUGGCUGCCUGCAUGAAGGAGAAUUUCCAAGAUGAACUUGAAUCGUUGGACUUCAGAACCAAAGCCGAAGAGGAGCACAUGGAAAUCAACAACUGGAUUGCAAAUGUAAUACGCAACGAAAUCCCCGAAAUGUUAAAUCUCUGUGAUGUUACCUCCGACAGUCAAAUGGUUUUGGCUAAUGCUGCCUAUUUCAAGGUCGUGGAAGCAAAUUCAGAAGAUGAACCAAAUUCAAUUGUACCGGACACUGAAAUAUUAAGCUAUGUCGAUGAGACAACAAUGUCUACUUUUUGUGAGGAGAAUAGUAUCAACGAAGUUCCUCCAAGAAAAAAGGCUAAGACCAUUAAAUGA